CGGACGGCGGCCAUGGGCAGCGGCGGCCCCGGCCCGCACGGACGGCACCGGCAGUAAAAAUAUGGAACAACUCCUCUGAAGCAGGUGGAGUCACGCUGGCGUAAAACGGGGCGAGCAGCGUCACGGGCCGAGCAACCGGGGAUGUCCCGCUGCAGAUGCGCUGAUGUCUGCCCCCUGCAAAGACCCCUUCUACCUGUGGCUGGCAGAUGCACGGGUGUUAGCGUGAAGCCCCAGUAAGAGAAUGAGUGAAAGAGACAUACAAAGCUUGAGCAAAUGGGUUUUAGUGCUCACUCUCUGCCUUACCAUGCUAUGGGGAAGACUGACACUGGCCUCCACCCACCACAGAAGCCAUUCAGUGCACGUCGAGCCCGGCACCUGCGAGGUCAUCGCAGCUCACAGGUGCUGCAAUAAGAACAAGAUCGAGGAGCGCUCCCAGACAGUGAAGUGCUCCUGCUUCCCAGGGCAGGUGGCGGGGACGACGCGGGCGGCCCCAUCCUGCGUGGACGCCUCCAUCGUGCUGCAGAAGUGGUGGUGUCAGAUGGAGCCCUGCCUUGACGGGGAGGAGUGCAAGGUCCUGCCCGACCUCUCAGGCUGGAGCUGCAGCAGCGGCAACAAAGUGAAGACAACCAAGGUCACCCGAUAGCACCCCUGCGGGGGUCCCCGCUGCAUCGCCCGUGCUGUGCCCGUGCUGUCCCGGAGCCAGGUGCGGCGUGCUGUGGUGCUCCCGUCCUGCAUCCCGCGCCGCUGUUGGACCAUGCCAGGUACGGGUUCGGAGCAACUGCUGCCACCCAGCUUCCCGUCAGCCUGCAAGAAUGGGGCCUGAAGGCAGCUGCAAGACUGCUGCUGCUCCACGGUCCCCUUCUCCCCCAUGGACGUGCUCACCGACCAAGGAACGGGCUCAUUCUCCCAUCCUCUUAAAUAAAAUGCUCCAUAAGAGCUGUUGAUGGUUACAGAGACAAACAAUGGUCCCCCAAACCAGGCUUUAAUCUCAGCUAAAAUAGCAAAAAUCAUUGCUGCAGGAGUCACCGUUACCCCAUCUCCAGGAUCCUGAAUCAGGGUCAGCACCAGGAGUUCAGAAGCAGGUGGCGGCGCGGAGUCAUCCCAGCGUGGCGCUGGGAGUGCAGUGCUGGCCCUGCAGCGGCUGCAGCCCUGGCGUGGCGGCGUGGCUGGUGCCGUCCGACACCUCCGGCACCGGAGAUGGUAAAAAUGUUUCCGUGGAGCAUGCUGCUGGUUUUUCCUUCCUCUGUAAUUGCAUUAAUCAGGCUGCAAGUUUAAUAUCUGUUCCCCCAGUGCACGUCCCAGGCACCAAAUUACUGCUCAUGUCCGCAAUCAAUCCCAGAACAAAGGGAGGGGGAACCCCUCUCCCAUCUGCGGGGCCUGUCGCGCCAGCCGCAGCACAGAGAGCUGUCCAGAGACCAGCCUGAGCCAGGCGUCAUUGCGCUGAUCCAGCACAAUGACAUGUACACCCUGCCCUGGCUGUGAGCUCGAGGCCUCCAGGACAUGCUG